AUGUACCGGCGACGUGUUUUGGGAGCCACGCUCAGCGAGGCGGGGUCCCAAGCGCACCGCCCGCAGCUUCAUGGAUAUGCGGCGGAGCCAGCUGAGAAGGCUGUGCUUUGUGACAGUAGCGGCCCCGCAGCCAACGUGAAGAGCUGCACUGGAGGAGGAUCACCGAGUAGCACUCGGAGCCGUUGCUCGACCGUGAGCGCCAAGUCGUGGAGAAGCUUUGGGUGCGGUGCAAGCUGUGCCGAUCAGAAGCCAGGGGCAGCGAAGACGCAGCGAAAGCAAGUGCGGAGGAUGUUGCAUCGCUUGCACCGCUGCAUGGCCCGAUCUGGUGUGGUGGCAUUCUCCUUCUCGGCAUCGGCUCUCCAGAGAAGGGUGGGCUCUUUCGCGCAGCUGGACGAGGUCUCAAAGUUCAAGAGUCGUCGUGGCGCAGAUCGACCGUCAGGAGCAGGCAACUCUUUGUCUUCGACAUGCAGGUUAGUGAGCAGCUCAGUGCGUUCAUACCUGGUGCACUUGGCUGCUCUUCUCUCAAUCCUCUUGCAGACGGUCCAGGAGGUAAUCGGAGAAUCACCUUUACGGCGUUCGCUAGUCGCCGCUGCCAGUGAAGACUUGGAGGAAGCUCCUCUUGGUCUGUUUUGGGCCAUCAACGUGUUGAUCCUCUGUAGCCUUGCUUGUGGAGUUCUUGUGGUUUCCAGCUUUUUGGCACAGGUCUUCUGCGAUGGCACGACCACCGAGGAAAUCAAUAUGUCGACACUGUCGGAAACGGCAGAGCCGCUGGAGACUGCGUCAGGGCUCUCGAGGACAUUGAGGCUGCUGGCCCGCAUCAUGGUGGUGGCUCUUGUGUCUUUCACAUCAGGAAUGGGGCUCCGCAUCAUCCACCCGCUUCAAUCUGCCAUGCCACGAGAGGGUCACACAGCAGAGGGCGCCAUGUGCUUUGACGCAGCCUCUGACUGUAGUGACUGUAGUGGCUGUAGUGUAGUGCCGUGCCAGCUUUGA